CAUCAUCGCGAGCAACAAUGACAACAACAAAAAAAAAAAAAAAAUUGUUAAUCGGAAAACCGAAGUUCAAGCCAUUAUUUACCGCAACAGAGUAAUUUCUCUUUCUUGAUUUAUAUGAUGAUUUACCGGAUAUGAGAGAAACCACUAUCAAUUAUUGAACCAUAACGCGUACAACAUGUGUUUUAUAUAAAUCUAUUUGAGUACUCAUAAACUGAUCAUUCAAAAUCAUUCAUUCAUUCAUUCAAUUGGUAAUCAUUAAUUAAUGGAUUUAAUUUGAAAGGAAAUGUUUAUGACAAAAACAACAAGAUCUCGAUCAAGUACAACGACGAUCGAUCAAUAUUUUGCCCAUCUAUCUAUCUUUGUGGUAAAAAUUGUUUGUUUUGAAUAUAAUCACACCACAGCCAGCGAAUCAUCAACAUCAAAAAAAUGGUUUUCGGAUUAAUGACAUCACCAAUUCGAAUGAUAUUCUCAUUAUUGUUGAUGCAAGGAAUAUCGCUGACAAUGUUUCGUGCUUUUCUUAAUCAAGCAAUACAACGUGUUGAUCCAUUGAAAUUUCAAUUUAAUUUGGGCAAUACCAAUCUGACCGGAGGUGCAGGAACAGCGACAACAACAUCAGCGCCACAAUUACCACUGUUACAAACACUUUUGCAUCAAUUUCAACUAAGCCAACAACAACACCAGCAGGUACCGACUCCUGCACCAUUAGUAGAUCAAAGAAUCAUUGAUCUGGUACAAUUUAUACGUGCAAUUCAACCACCACAAGCGUCACAAUCAACGCCAACACAAUCAUCGCCAUCCAUGCUGCAAUCAGCACCAACCGUACAAUUGUUACCAUCACCAACGAUUAUGUCAUCACCAAUUAUUUCAUUAAAUCCAAAUGGUAUUCUGAGUGCUGCAAAUAAAUUACAAACACAAACUACAACUCCAACACCACCACCGAAUGCUUUGCAAAUUCCAAUACCAUUAUCAUCAACAAAUUAUCCUGGUGGUAUAAUCAUGGUACUUUCAUCACCACAAAUUCCGGUAACAUCAUCACCAACAUCAUUUUCAGUGUCAGCAUCGAAUAAAAUUGAAAAAAUAAUCCAUAAUCAAAUCGAUGAUGUCGAUGUUGAAGAUGAGGAUGAAGAUGUUGAAAGUUUACGGCUAUCGACAACAACAACAACAACAACAUCAAAACCAAUACUUGAUCAAGAAAUGAUGAAAAAACAAUGGAAAAAAUCAAAGAAAAAGAAAAGAAAACGAAGUCAAUGGAUGAACGAGAAAAAAACAUCAAAAACCGAAGAAGAAGCUGAUAAUAUGAUUGUUUUUGAAGCUGUUGGAGAUUUGCCAUUUGAUAUGGAUUUAGCUGCUGCUGCUGGUGGUGAUGAUGAAAAUUAA